CUUUAAGAUUAUGAACCGGUUCCAUUUCCACUUGCUUUCAGCCAUUUCUCACGAAAGCAACUCGGAUUGAUGUCAGAAGCAGAGGAUUGACAGAUGGAUACCAAACAACGUGACAGAGUCACGCGAUUCAGCGGGACCUGAACAUCAGCGGACGUUGAAUCUAGAAGAAAUUUUUACCAGUUCUGUUUGCUUUAGAAGAUUUUAAACAUCCUUGUCAUAGAAAUAACAUCAAGAAACGCACCCCUGAGUGAGAGUGUUCCAGUGCACUGACUGUGGAAAGAGAUUUAACCUGUUACACAGACUGAAAAUACAUCGUACUAUUCACAGUGGGCAGAGACUGAACACGUGUCCUAUGUGAAGACGAGGCUUCAACUGAUCGUCAAAACUGGAGAGUCACAAAGACACCUGCACCAUGGAGAAACCAUGGAAAUGUGGGGACUGUAGGAAGGGAUUCCCUUCUCCGUCUGCACUGGAAACUCAUCGACGCAUUCACACCGGGGAGAGGCCGUUCACUUGCUCCAUGUGUGGGAAGGGAUGCAGUGCUUUAUCCAACCUGCUGACACACCAGCGAGUACACACUGGGGAGAGGCCGUUCACCUGCUUGGAGUGUGGGAAAGGAUUCACUCAGUCAUCCAGCCUGCUGACACACCAGCGAGUCCACACCGGGGAGAGGCCGUUCACCUGCUUGGAGUGUGGGAAGGGAUUCACUCAGUUAUCUAGCCUGCUGACACACCAGCGAGUCCACACCGGGGAGAAGCCGUUCAUCUGCUCCGAAUGCGGUAACGGAUUCACUCAGUUCUCUAGCCUGCUGACGCACCAGCGAGUUCACACCGAGGAGAAGCCAUUUACCUGCUCUGAGUGUGGGAAAGGAUUCAGCGAUUCAUCCACCCUGCGGAGACACCAGCGAGUUCACACCGGGGAGAGGCCGUUCACCUGCACUGAGUGUGGGAAGGGAUUUACUCAGUUAUCCAACCUGCUGAGACACCGCCGCAUUCACACUGAGGAGAGACCAUUCAGCUGUUCUCACUGCACAAAGAGGUUUAGAUCAUCAUCCCAACUGCUGAAACACCAGCGGGUUCAUACCGGGGAGAGGCCAUUCACCUGCUCUGUGUGUGGGAAGGAAUUCAGUGAUCCAUCCAACUUGCAGAAGCACCAGCGACGUCACACUGGGGAGAGGCCAUUCACCUGCUCGGAGUGUGGACAGGGAUUCAGUGAUACAUCCCACCUGCUGAGACAUCAUCGCAUUCACACUGGGGAGAGGCCUUUCACCUGCUCCGAAUGUGGGAAGGGAUUCACUCGGUCAUCCCAGCUGCUGAAGCACCAGCAUGUUCACAACGAGGAGAGACCAUUCACCUGCUCUGAGUGUGGGAAAGGAUUCACUGGGUCAUCCCACCUGCGGACACACCAGCGAGUUCACACUGGGGAGAGGCCAUUCACAUGUUCUGAGUGCGGGAAGGGAUUCACUCAGUCACCCAACCUACUGACACACCAGCGAAUUCACACUGGAGAGAGGCCGUUUAGAUGUUGUGUGCGUGGGAACAAAUUCAGUCAGUUAUCCAGCCUGCAGACAUACCAGCGAUUUCACACUGGGGACAGGCCGUUCACCUGCUCUGAGUGUGGGAAGGGAUUCGCUGACACAUCGAGUCUGCUGACACACCAGCGACUUCACGCCGGGGAGAGGCCAUUCAUCUGCUCUGAGCGUGGGAAAGGAUUCACUCAGUUAUCCCAUCUGCAGAAACACCAGAGAAUUCACACUGGUGAGCGGCCAUUCACCUGCUGUGUGUGUGGGAAGGGAUUUGUUCAUUUAUCCAGCCUGCGGAGAUACCAGCGAGUUCGCAAGUGAUUCCAGGGGUUGGAUUCUGCUGUUAUUGCUGCUGUUAAU